UAAUAUACUUGUUAGUAAAUCAGUGAAAGUAUUCAAGUAAGGAGCAAUAAAAAUAAAUUAUGUCUUUAAAAACAAUAUACACGAAUUUAUUGAAAAAAACACUUAAAAAUAGUAAUGUAUUUAGUGUCCAAAAAUGUGGAUAUGCUUCACAAUAUUAUCCAAUUGACGAACAUAUUUUUGGAUUAACAGAAGAUCAGCAACAGUUUAGAGAAACAGUUUUUAAUUUUGCUCAGAAAGAAUUAGCUCCACAUGCUCAAACUAUUGAUCGUGAAAAUAAUUUUAAACUUUUACGAGAAUUUUGGAAAAAAUUGGGUGACCUAGGAGUUUUGGGUAUGACAGUAUCUAGCAAAUAUGGCGGAUCGGACAGUGGAUACUUAGAUCAUGUAAUCGCUCAAGAAGAAUUAUCACGGGCUUCCGCAUCGAUUGGUUUAAGUUAUGGUGCCCAUUCAAAUUUAUGUGUUAAUCAGCUACACCGGUUUGGAACGGAAUCUCAAAAACAAAAAUAUUUGCCAAAAUUAUGUUCUGGUGAAUAUAUUGGUGCUUUAGCAAUGUCUGAGCCUGGAUCUGGAUCUGACGUAGUUUCAAUGAAAACAAAAGCCAUUAAAGAUGGCGACCAUUACGUGUUGAAUGGAAACAAAUUCUGGAUUACAAAUGGUCCAGAUGCUGAUGUUAUAAUUGUUUAUGCUCGAACGGACCCAAAUGCAAAACUACCCCAACAUGGUAUAUCAGCAUUUAUUGUAGAAACAAAUUUGCCAGGAUUUUCAACAGCACAAAAAUUAGAUAAAUUGGGUAUGCGUGGCUCUAACACUUGUGAAUUAAUAUUUGAGAAUUGUCGAGUACCCGCAGAAAAUUUAUUAGGGGAAGAAAAUCGUGGUGUUUAUGUAUUGAUGAGCGGUUUGGAUUUGGAACGAUUAGUGUUGUGCGGUGGACCUUUAGGAAUUUUACAGGCUUGUUGUGAUGUUGCAUUUGAUUAUGCGCAUACUCGAAAGCAAUUUAAUCAAACCAUUGGAGAGUUUCAAUUAAUACAGGGUAAAUUAGCUGACAUGUACACAACAUUAAGCGCAUGUCGAAGUUAUGUUUAUAACGUAGCAAGAGCUUGCGAUCGCAAACAUGUAAAUAGUAAAGACUGCGCUGGGGCAUUAUUAUACUGCGCCGAGAAAACAACACAAUGUGCCUUAGAUGCAAUACAAAUAUUAGGUGGUAAUGGAUAUAUUAAUGAUUAUCCCACAGGACGGUUUUUACGAGAUGCUAAGUUAUAUGAAAUUGGUGCUGGAACAUCAGAAAUUAGAAGGCUAAUAAUUGGACGAGCAUUAAAUAAAGAAUAUAAAUAAGUUAUUUUUUAAA